GUACUUUUGAACGACAAAAACUUCCUGGUGUUCAUGCUGAACGUAACCUAGCAAUUCUGGCGAACUAAUGAAAAUUCGGUUUUAUGCAACGAUGCUCGAAUUUAACGUCGUAACCUCACUUCUUCAUUUGCUGUAUGAUUAAAUUUAAAAAAGCAGAAAUUACAUUCAACUGUUUGUUGGGAUGAAUUCUACUGGUAGAAGUAGGUCUAAUUACCGGGCAUUGUUCAAAAAUCGAACACAAAAAGAUGAUGAUGCCGAAUUAUCCGAGAGUGAUAUAAUUUCAGCCAGAACGAGUGGUCAAUUGAAUUUGUCAGCGAAGGGAUUAUCUUCCGUGCCGGCAAGAGUAUGGCGUAUAAACGAACUGACAAACGAAGAAUUAAAAAAGUUGGAUAUGACACUAGAUUUUGACGAAGGAAAGGAGCGAUGGUGGGAACAUGAGGCAUUGAAAAUUUUGAAAUUGAGUUCAAACAGCUUGACGGAACUUGACUCACGAGUGCAGUACCUGUCAGAGCUCAACGUCUUGGAUUUGCAUGAUAACAUUAUUGAAGUUUUGCCGCUUGAAAUUGGAUAUUUGAAUAAAUUGAGAAAUUUGAAUUUGGCUUCGAACAAAAUACAGACUCUACCAUCGAGCUUCUAUAAGUUGUGUGAGCUCCGUUUCUUGGAUGUUGGGAAUAAUGUAUUGAAAGAACUUGAUCCAGGCAUUGGAGAUCUAGUUAUGUUGGAACAUCUGAAUCUAUCGUGUAACAACUUAACAACCUUACCUGUUGGAAUGGGGUACCUGGUACGUUUGGUCACUCUCGAUUUAAGUCACAAUAUGCUCAAAGAGUUGCCUCCAGAUAUUAUGAGUAUGAGAGCACUGAAGAAGUUGGAUGUAAGUGUUAAUCAAUUGGAAACUGUUCCGCCUAUGGGUGAACUUCGCAGAAUUGAAGUUCUUAUGCUGCAUACAAACAAUCUCAGUACUUCACCAGAUACAAAUGGUUGCACGGCCUUGCGUGAACUCCAUUUGGGUAAUAACAAAAUAAGUGAGAUUGAUGUGUUGAGUUUGGAAAGCAUGGGGCAUCUGAAAACACUCAUUCUAGGAAACAACAAGAUUGAAAUGAUCCCCGAAGAAAUCGUGCAGCUGUGCAAUCUGGAACGACUAGAUUUGUCCAAUAACAACAUUGUUAAGGUUACUUGCAGCAUCCCUAGUUGCAUAUGUUUUAUGCCCAAUCUUCAAACAUUGCUGAUUGAUGGGAAUAACAUUCGCAAUAUUAGACGUGACGUGAUUCAAUGCGGAACCUCUAGGGUUUUGCGUUAUCUCAGGGAAAGUAUGAGCGUUCAAGACCUGGGAUCUAAUAUGAUGUAUUUGCCUUUUUCCAAAACUCCUGGUCAAUUACCAGACAAGUAUGCUUUGAAAAAUGGAAAAUCCUUAAGUUUGGCCAAUCAAAAUCUGGGUGAGAUACCAGAUUCGAUAGCACAAGAUGCAUUUGAAGCUGAAGUAACGAGCAUUGAUUUAAGUAAAAAUCAGUUCAAAGAAUUCCCAGAGAGUUUAUUCAUAGUAACAACUGUUAAGGAACUAAAAGUAGCGUGUAAUCGCUUGCAGUAUUUGCCCGACUCAGUUGGAGAUAAGUUCAAGCACUUACAAUUCAUGGAUAUCAGUAAUAAUCAACUUUCUUCACUACCCGACAGUAUCGCUAUGCUAAUUUGUUUGAGAGAAAUCAAUAUAGCUUACAAUAGGUUUGUCAAUAUUCCGGAGUGCAUUUACGAUGUUCCUGGAUUAGAAAUAUUAAUAGCCAACAAUAACAAGAUUGAGAAAAUCGACGUCAUGUAUUUAAGCAAACUCAAAAGAUUGGCGAACCUCGAUCUUUCCAAUAACAAUAUUGGAAAUGUUCCACCGGAACUUGGAAAUCUUAAGCAGCUAAAAUAUUUGGCAUUAUCUGGAAAUUGCUUCAAGCAACCUCGACAUACGACGAUCUCAAAAAGCACAGAAGAAAUCCUUGCUUACCUUCGAGAUCGAAUUUCUACUUAACGUUAUUUUAAUGUUAUAGUGUUAUAUUCAAUAGUAUUUAUAAUUUAGAUAAGUUGGUAGUUGUAAUCACGAUCGAGGCGCACUAUUUUUAUACAAAUUGUGUUGAUCACGGUCAGCUUGCUUGCGUGAUAAUAAGCCAUUCUUGCAGUGCGGAAUAAUGUUAAGUGUGAAUUUGUUGACAAAAUUGUUCUUCAAACUCUGUUCGGUUUUUACAAAUUUUCAUCUAUGAAAUUUAUCUGCAUAUUUUUCUAUUUCAUAUUAUCAAUAGUGGAGAAACGUCAAAAAAGAAUUGCAGCUUAUUAAAUUUGAUGCCAAAAAUUUAGUACAAACGGUUUUUCAAAGAUAGAACUUACAAUUGAGAAACUCUAUUCGAACAUUUACCUAAUGCUAACUUAACUGAUUUUUCGAUUCUUUAUCAAUCGAAAGAAUUAAAGGAGGGAAGGUAGGUUUUGUAACUCAACGCUACAGAAUCUAAACAAAAAAAAAAAUAGUGAAUUAUGUAAAAUAGUGCUAACAUUACUCUAGUUCCAUGCCAACUUGUACGUAUGAGGCUGAUUGUAAUCAAAUGAACCAUGUAAUCAAAAUUGGGGAGAACGGUUAAAGAAAGUGAAUCAAGUACGUUUGAACCAUAGCUUAUACUCGCUUUUUCAGUUGUACUCGAAAACUGGCAAAAUCGUGUUUUUCACGAAUUAGGCAGCUGCAAUGAGAUGUACGAUAUUUAAUUGUGUUGUUGAUAGCGUCACUGAUACUCGCUUUUUCAACGUAGUCACUAGUAAUUACUUCUUUAGAACUCCGUGAAAACUUGGGUUGUAAAUGAAUGUAGCAAUAAUAAUGUCAG